CCGGCGCGAGUCCCGGGGGCCGCAGCGCGCGGCGGCGGCGGGCAGGUAGCAUGGAUGCCAUGGAAUAUGCCCAGCUUAUGCGACAAGCUGGAAACCAGGAUUUUAAAAAUGGAAAUUACUCUUUGGCCAUCAGAAAGUAUGAUCAAGCUCUACAUAUGCUCGGUUGUUUAAUGCAGUGGGUCCCGUGUUCCAGGGACAUAGCUGUGUUACACUGCAACAAAUCAACUGCCUUGUACAGUCUUGGUAAAUGGAGAGAAGCAGUGUUUUCGGCCUACCAGAGCUUACACUGGGAUCGGGAGUAUGUUAAGGCUUAUUACAGAGCUGGCCACUCCUUAAUCAUGUUAUCAGACUCUUAUGAGGCAAUUUCUAUGUUUCAUAAAGGUUUGAUUCUCCUAAAUGCUUCUGCAGAUCGAACUCAAGUUGCUGAUUUUGUAGCAGGAAUCUUCAUGAGUGUCAACGAUGAACGAGUCUUUCCACCGACUUUUCCCCCUGCAUAUGAUUAUGUUUUCAGUGCAAGGUUUGAUGCACUGAUUUGGCAAGCGGUGAUAGAAAGGUUGGCCCAGAAAGGGAAGUGGCGGUCUUGUCUGUUGUUGUUGUCAGAGAAGAAAGAGUUGCCCGCCAAUCUCAGAGUCAACCAGUUAUCACUGAAGAAUCUCUUUGAGACUUCUGAGUUGUAUGGGCAUGGUGAGAAGAUGCAAGAAGUAGCGGAGUUAGUCAAGUGGCUAAUUUCCAUUGGGGCAAAAGUUGAAACCAUUGGAGUGUAUCCGCUUCAUGCUGUUAUCAGACUGUGUAUCAAAGCAAGAAAGAACCAUCUCUUCAGGUGGUUACUGACUCAGAGGCCAGACUUGAAGGAUAGGCUCAACCAGCAAGACAGAGAUGGGUGUACCCUCCUGCAUAUUGUGGCAUCUUCCAGUGAAUAUUCCCAGAAACGCAGCCAAACAGAAGAUGUGAUCAUGCUCCUGAAUUUUGGGGUUGAUCCCACUGUUCCAGAUGUGCGGUCAAGAUACGUCAUAGAUAUCUUGAAAAAGAACAAAAACUUCGAUGCUGUAAAAGCAGUCAGCAAUCACAUUGAGAAACACCCUUCCCCUGAGAAAUGGACAGGGGGGAAUGAAAGCAGAGCCAUAGCUGAUACAGAUUCUCUCCUGGAUGUUCUUGAACAGUUUGUCCAGUUCUACAAGUUUGAAAAUGGAGCAUAUCAUAAAAAUGUCUUGAAGGAAGAUGCAGUUAAGCGAUUUCUGAAACUGCUAUCUUCUGUGAAAGAAAUCCCUGAAGGGGUGGUUUGUAACAUCUCUCAUGCCUGCGCUAACAGCUUCAUAAAACAGUUGCUGGAGAAGCAAAUGUGGCAUAAAGUUUUGCUGCUGCUAACAGGGAAAGCCAGUGGGGAAAAGCCGUCAGGUGGAGGACUCUUCAAAAACUGCAGUCUUUCAGAUGUUGACAUCGGCAACGUUAUCCAACAGUGUGACAGAUCGGAUAAGCAAGUGCACCUCAUAAGAUGCUUGAUUGAACGAGGAGCUCUGCCAGAUGGGAUUGGAACCAACUCUGAAAUACCACUGCAAAUAUGCCUCAAAAAGAAUUAUUUUGAACUAGUGUAUUUGCUGCUGACCAAAGGUGCAGAUCCUCAAAAUGUCUCCAUUGCACAAGGAGAUACUCCUUUGCAUGCUGCAGUUUCCAUCUGUUUAAAUAAUAGAGAUGGCACUGGUUUAAACAUCCUGAACUAUCUGCUUGAUCUCUUUGCUUCAAGACCUUCUGACUUUCCAUAUCUUAAUCCAAACAUACAAGAUGAGAAUGGAAAUACAGUGAUGCAUGUUGUUUUUCAGAGAGGAUUUUCAAAACAGGCUAAGAGAAUAAUGGAGUCAUUGGCAAAAUUUGAUGUUAACUUUAAUAUAAAAAACAAAUUAGGAAGAGAUGUGAGGCAUAGAAUUAAAAAAAAUGACCCACUGCUACUUGCCUGGAAUAAUGCUACACUGGAGAAAAAGAAGUACCGGCAGGAUAUAGCAGGGCAGUCAGUUAAAACAUCUAAGCCCAUUCCAGCCUCUGAGAUUUCACAGCCAAAGAGCACAGGGCGUUCUUCAUCUGGGUCCUCAUUAAAGGCGCCAUCUGGCAGUGCAGUGCAUAAUGAUUUAAAAACCCCGUGUUCUGUAAAGACAAAAAAAGAUCAGUUGGCAAAGCAGGAAACAGAAGGAAUAAAUAGCCCCUUAACGCUGCAGGAAAGUCUAGUGCAGGCAAUCACAGCUUUAAUUCAGCAAUUAAAAUUGGGUGACACCCUGAGAAAGGAUCAUCCUCUGGUACAAAAGCCAUCUUCAGCCAAGACUAAUGUGGAAGAGGGAAGAAGUGAGUCCUUGCAACCUUGUGGAAGCAUAGCUUAUCCUGAAGGAAAAGGAGGUGAUUGGGAGAAAAAGAAGGGAGCAGGGAAAUUUAGUAUGGACCUGCCUGAUGGAGAGAAGGAAGAACCAGAGGAAGAGAAGGGGAAGAUUCCGGAUAUUGAGGCAUAUGUGCAGGAGUUUGAUAAUAUGACCUGGGAAAUAGAGUGCACUCCUGAAAUGCUGAAGACGUUGGGCAGCAAAGCUGUGCCUCAUUAUCUGAAAACUAAAACUAUAAUGACAAUUAAGCAUCUUGGCAAUGGGGAAUGGACUAGGGGCCUUCAGAAGCCACUGAAACACUUGAAAGCUGAUAUCCAGCUGUAUGAGGCCAAGUUGGGCAAAGGUGCAAGAAUGCUAUGGGAACUUGCGAUUGACUUUUCUCCUCGUUGCAGCGAGAGUGCGGAAAAGAUCAUGGAGACAGAACAGAGAAAAUGUCUUCCAGAAAAAUCUGGUAGAGUUUACACAGAAAUAAUCAGAAUUUGGGCCAUUGUUCUUGACCACUGCAAGCUGAACCGUGUCUUAGAUAAUAUAUGUAUUUCCUACAAUCGUGGUUUAUCCUGCAUCUUGAGGAAAAAGCUCAAGGGCAUAAAUGAAGGACGUCAGAACCACAAUGUGACAACACAGAAGCGUGUUCCACGUUGUUAUGUUGAAGACCCAGAGGCAGAAAUGUCAAAAGAACAUACCAUACCUGAGUAUUUCCCUCCAGCCAGUGCAGCAGAGUUGGAAUACAAUAUAAUGAAAUUUCACAGCUUCAGUACUAACAUGGCGCUUAACAUUAUAAAUGAUGUACAUUCUUCUGUUGAAUACCCUUUCAGGGUUGGGGAGUUGGAGUACGCAGUAAUUGAUCUCAAUCCAAAGCCCAUGGAACCAAUCAUUUUAAUAGGGCGAAGUGGGACAGGAAAGACGACUUGCUGCUUGUAUAGGCUUUGGAAGAAAUUCUAUUCGUACUGGGAAAAAUCCACCUUGGCAAAUGGUCCUCUGCUGGAGAGGCAAACGUGGCAGCAAAGACAGUGCAGUGAGGUUGAAAAAGCUAGGUUAGAGAAGGAAGAGAGUGAACUAAAACAGGACAGUGAUGAUUCGAGUGAGGAACAGAUGAGCGACGAGCAAGACCGGGACAGUGAGGAUGAAAAUUUUCCUGCAGGCACAGCUGGUGCAGAAAUGAAUUCAUGUGAUGACCAUGAAGAAGACGAAAUGUGUAGUGCAGAAGCAUUGAACACGCUGGAGCACCUGCACCAGAUCUUUGUGACAAAAAAUCCUGUCUUGUGCCAGGAAGUUCAGAAAAAUUUCAUUGAACUUAGCAAGUCUUCCAAGGUAACCAGUCACUUCAAGCCUCUGGAGCCAAAUGUUCACAAGCUACAAGACAUUAAAGAUGAAAAUUUUCCUCUGUUUGUCACCUCCAAGCAGUUAUUGCUGUUACUGGAUGCAUCCAUGCCUGACCCAUUUUUUCCAAGAAAUGAGGAUGGAAGCCUUAAAAGAAUCAUUGUUGGUUGGAGUCCUCGGGAAGACUUGGUUGUACCAAAUUGGCAAGAUGAGGAUGAAGAAAGUAAUUUUGAAGCAGAACAUGGUGAUGAUGAAGGAGCUGCAGAUGUGUACUCUAGGGAAAGUGAUCCUCGGACUUUUGUGACUUACGAUGUAUUUGCAAAUGAAAUAUGGCCAAAAAUGAUAAAAGGUAAAAGCUUGUACAAUCCAGCACUGGUUUGGAAAGAAAUAAAAUCAUUUCUGAAAGGCUCUUUUGAGGCACUGAGUUGCUCUGGAGGUAAACUUACUGAGGAGCAGUACAAAAAGCUAGGCCGAAAGAGAUCACCAAACUUCACAGAAGACAGGAGUGAAAUCUAUCACCUCUUUUGUCUUUAUCAACAGAUACGAUCACAGAGAGGUUACUUCGAUGAAGAAGAUUUGCUGUAUAAUUUAUCUCAAAGACUCUUAAAGCUCAGGGAGCUUCCGUGGUCCAUCCAUGAGUUUUAUGGUGACGAGAUACAGGAUUUCACCCAAGCUGAGCUAGCGCUGUUAAUGAAGUGCAUCAAUGACCCUAAUGCCAUGUUUCUAACUGGUGACACUGCCCAGAGCAUAAUGAAAGGAGUUGCUUUUCGUUUUAGUGAUCUGAGGUCACUGUUUCAUUACGCAAGCAAGAACUCCAUGAACAAGAAGCAGCGUGUUAGGAAACCAAAAAGGAUAUAUCAGUUGUACCAGAACUACAGGUCCCAUUCAGGUAUUCUCCGUUUAGCAUCUGGAGUGGUUGAUUUGCUUCAGCAUUAUUUCCCAGAAUCUUUUGAUCGGCUUCCUAAAGACUGCGGUCUCUUUGAUGGACCGAAACCUACGGUCUUGGAGUCCUGCAGUGUUAGUGACCUAGCAAUUCUGCUGAGGGGCAACAAAAGGAAAACACAGCCCAUUGAAUUUGGAGCACAUCAGGUGGUAUUAGUGGCAAAUGAAACUGCAAAGGAGAAGAUACCCGAGGAACUUAGUUUAGCACUUGUUCUGACAGUUUAUGAAGCAAAGGGCUUGGAAUUUGAUGAUGUACUCCUUUACAACUUUUUCACAGACUCAGAGGCUAGUAAAGAAUGGAAGAUAAUUUCUUCUUAUACUCCUGAUUUGGAUGUGCAAGUAGGAAGCAAAUUGCUAAUUGAAAUGCCUUUAGAGGAUGCUACUGGUAUGCAGAAAAGAACUCCUUUUAAUGUAGAAAUGUACAAGAUGCUGAAUGGAGAACUAAAGCAAUUGUAUACUGCCGUUACAAGGGCCAGAGUCAAUCUUUGGAUUUUCGAUGAAGACAGUGAUAAACGGGCUCCAGCUUUUAAGUAUUUCAUCAAAAGAGAAUUUGUUCAGGUUGUCAAAGCAGAUGAAAAGAAAGACUUAGAUGACAGCAUGUUUGCUAAAACUUCAACUCCAGAAGAAUGGAUUGCACAGGGAGACUACUAUGCUAAACAUCAGUUCUGGGAGGUGGCAGCCAAAUGUUACCAAAAGGGAGGAGCAGCUGAGAAGUCAAAACUGGCCCUGGCACACGACGCUGUUCUCAAAGUGCACUCAAAGAAAAGCAGCCCCAGGGAAAAACAGAUGGAAUAUAUGACAUUGGCUAAAACUUACUUGGAAUGUGGAGAACCAAAACUAUCACUAAAAUGUCUGUUUCAGUCAAAGGAGUUCCGGCUUUGUGCAGAACUGUGUAGAAAGUUAGGAAAGAUGAAAGAUGCUGCAGUUUACUAUCAGAAAAGCCAGUGCUACAAAGAAGCAUCUGAAUGUUAUGAACAAAUUGAGGAGUUUGAUCUGGCAAUUAAAAUGUAUUGUCAGGAAGAACUCUAUGAAGAGGCAGCAAAGGCAGUUGAAAGAUAUGAAGAGAUGUUAAACACAAAAGGACAAAUGGUUUCCAAACUCUCAUGUACAGCAAAUCAGUUGUAUUUGGAAGCAGCUGCAAAGUACCUGAGUAUGAACAGAACUGAGGAAAUGAUGCAAGUCCUCUCAAAACUUGAUAUAGAGGAUCAGCUUGAGUUUCUGAAGUCUCGUGGAUGCUUGCGCCAAACAGCAGACUUGCUGAAAAGGGAAGGUCGAGAGGAAGAAGCUGCAAAGUUAAUGAAACAACACGGGUUUGCUCUGGAAGCAGCCAACCUCACAGCUAUAAAAGAAUUUCGUGCAUUGUGUUUGCUUGCUGCAGCACGUGCCGGUGUGACUCGCUGUUCAGAAUCGGACGUGGUGGACUUGGAGGUCAUCCUAAGAGAAGCCCUCGAACUUUGUGAACAAACUGAGCAAAAGUCUGGCAUUGCUGAGGCUGUGUUUUUGCAGGGAACUCUGAAGGGAGACUUCGCAAAGCUGAGCAAUGCAUACUGUCAGUUCCUAUCUCUGAAUCACUCUGCUGGUGCAGUUGAAGCUCUCUUUGCGUUAUCUCGCUGCAGCACUCAUAACCAGAACAUCCUCUUUAUGGCAACGCGUGGCUUAAUGGCUCUUCUGAGUCUGGUUAGGGGUUUGAAGAAAGCAGCCACCAAUGCGGAGAAAGAUAUGGUGAAGUCAUGCUUUGCUUAUUUUGGGAUUGUCCCAACAGGUGACAGUUGCCAGGUGUCUCAAAAUGAAGCUGAACCCAUUCUCAAGUUUUUGCCAGACAAGCCAAGUCUAAAAGAGAGGAAGACAAAAGGUGAUUUCUCAGUAAGCACAGAGGAGGUAAAAUCAGCUUUGAAGCAGCACUUGUUAAGCAGGUUGUGCUCUAUCACCCAUGUGUUACUGAACAGGCAUUACCCUGGUAUUUGUAUGAAGUUCAUUGUUGGCUUGAACUGUGAAGAUAAAACCUGUGAGGAUUACCAUAAGCCCUUGUUGCGCCAUGAAGCAAAGACAAUAUUUCAGUGUAAAAUGCAUCUGGUGGCAAUAAACGGACUGCUGUUGGAAGCCACACGCACUUUCCCUAAAGAGCUACUGAAUCAGUGCAAAAGCUUUGAUGAUAUUUUGACUGCUGACAGAUAUGCAUCGUGUAAAGCCCUCCUAGAAAUGUUUUUUCCUAAUCAUUUUCAUUUGAGAAUACUGUCUGAGAACCCAAAGGCAUGCAAAGAAAUACUGGAAUUCAGUAACAUUAUUUCCAAACCCUGUAGAGCAGUGUUGAAGGAGUACAUCACAUUUAAGUUUAAAAAUGAAGACACUGCAGCCAGAAGAGAAUCAACUGACUUGUGGCUAAGUGCCAUGCAAGUUUUCAUCUUAUCUUCAGGAUAUCCUGAGGAAUUUGAGAAACUUCUUUUUAAGGAAGAGGAUGAUUAUAACAAAGAGCUAAACUUUGCGUUGUCAAAGGCAAAAAACUCCCCAAAGAGUAAAGGCCAAGGAGGAAAGGCCAAAGGAAUAGAGGGCAGACAUGGUAUGUUGCUGCCUGACAAAAAUGCCGAAAAUGCAGGAAGAACGCACUUGUGCUUCAUUCGACUUCUUGAAAAUUCACUUGAGCAAUUCUAUGUUCAUAAGAACCCGGAAAACUGUAAAAGGUUUUUUUUCCGUUUUAUGAAUGUCCUGGUCAAGAAAUGCACAAGAUACCUGAUUCCAAGCAUAGGAAACACGGUGAUGUUGUUGGAAUUCCAGUAUAUGCUCUGUUGUGCUGUCCUGAUGCGUCUCUCCAAGAACAUUACUCUCUGCUUUCCAAAGAGUUACAUUGCUCUCAUUCAUUACUGGGAGUUUUUGUUCAGAAGCAAGGACCAUAACAAAGAACUUAGAGACACAUUUUCUAUUAUACAGGAGUAUAGACCAAAGGAUGCAUAUGUAGCUGUACAGAAUUUCAGAUUUCAUCUCUGUUAUCUAGCAGAAGUUUUGUGUGGAGUUCAUGGAAAGUUCAAUGUCCUUCUGGAUGCUUUCGAGGAUCCUGAUUGCAUAACUUCAGGGGAGGCUGAGCGGACCGUAGUGCUGUGCUUAGUGAUGUUACUGAAUGCUGACCAGGUACAGAAUUCUAGAUAUAGAGCCCUCUUACGCCACCACUUCCCUGAAAUCAAGGUGAUGCUGAAAUCAGUGAGAAAAGACUCUCCCUCUAAAGUGCCUGAAAGAUUGCUAAGGGUUGUGGAACAAGUGAGUGAUGCUACACACGUAAGAGAAAUCGCUGCAGGCCUGCAAGAGCUGCUGACAGAGCGAGAUGCAGAGUACUUGGUUGACUGCCGAUGGAAGUGGGACUCUGCAUACACUCAGGGGCAUCCACCCAUACGGGGCAUCCUGUAUGAAACCAUAAACCUUGACAGGUUUAUGACCUCUUUGGAUAAGACAGAAUACACUGAUGAGCUAGAAAAGGAACUUGAAAGGGUUCAUUGCUUAGAGGACCAAAAGGAUCCCCUGGAAGUCAUUGCACUCAGCAAGCAACAGAAGCAAGAGCAGAAAGCAUCUGCUCAACGCCAGCUGCGUCGUGUCUUCCAUUUUGUUUUUCUAUGCAUGAAGUGGAAAAGGAAGGCCUGCUCCAAAGCUGAGCCUGUUGCAAUGGAAGGAGAGGAAUUUUUAUCAGAGAUCUUCAAAAAAGCAGAUAUUGACCAAACCCAGUGUGACCUCUGUGGAGUCAGAUUUAUCCAGAGCUCUGAGAACUAUUUCAGCCGGUCAGAAAACAUGGAGGCAGACACUUCUGAAGCCGUGACACCAACAGAGAUCAGCGGGGAGGAAAAGUUGCAUGCAGAAGGAAAUGCAUUUUCUGUGGCCAGUGAGGCUUACGUAGAGCACAGAAACACAGAUGAACACAGAAAUAAUAAUGUUGCCUACAAAUACUACGCCGACUUUUUUAGAAGAAAGAUAGAUCCAAUAAUAUAUGAUGGACUGGUAGUAGUGGAGGCCAUUACAGAAAAGACUUACACCCGAGACUACUUAGCAUAUAAAGAAGGUUCCAACUUACGCCAGAGGAAAAUCAAAGAGAAUAUUAAGAAGAUUUCAGAUGCAGUAGAGGAAAUCUAUGAGAGAAAAGCCUGGGCUAAAGCUGAAGAAAUAAUAACCAAACAUGCCAACAAAUUGGUUGCCACCAUUGAUGAAGCUCGUAAGUGGCUGAAGAAAAUGGACUCUCACAGGAUAAAAGAAGAAGGCUUUGUGCAUGACAGAGACUUGGAAAAUGAAGUGGAAGAUGAAAGCAUGACUUUUGAAGAACUUGUCUAUAAAAAACCCUCAAGAAAAAAAGGAAGAUGUGGGAAAUGGUAAUGAGAAAAAAUAUGCAGGAUUAAAAAAUUGUUAAAAAGAAAAAUAGAGGGAUGGGGUCAGAAAUGGGAAGAGUCUGAAGAAAAAGAGCAACUUACGCUAUUUUUUGUAUCACUUGUAUUGUGUCAGAAUAAUUACCUAUGUGGUGAUGAUGUAAUUGUUAAAACCUAUCACAGGACAAAUUUCCUUUCAAACCUAUGUGGUAGCUUGAGAGUAACAAAAAGCCAAAGAAACAAACAAGUAGAAAAAAUAAUAAUGUUUCUGCCUUAUCUCAGGGGUAUUUUUCCGGUCUUCUUUUUCUUCUUCCCUGUUAAUUUACAUCAUCAUUCUUCUGAGCUGGAAUACUCAGAAAAAUAGUUUCUGUGUUUUUAGUUUCUCUGAUUUUAAGAGGUUUUAAUUGGUGUUUUUAGGUUACCACUGUAAACCUGCUGUGUUCUGAGUCUUGUUAUGUUUGGAAAUUUUUGAGUCUUCAGGUGAGAUACUUAGAGUAUCUCUCUUUUCUAUUUUUAUAGACAAGGACAGUAAUUUCUAAACAUGUCUUUUUGACAGUGUUCAUACUUCUAAUUAGAUAGGUAUGAAAGUUAUAGAUUGUCUUCUAUUUGAUCAAGUUUUGAUAUAAACUGUUACCUGUACAUAUUGAAUUACAGAUAAUCUUUCUUUAAAAGACUGUUAGACAUUUUAAGUGUUUUGUAAGUUUUAAUUGAUAAAAGGCUUUUUGUAAUGUAUAAUAACAUUUUUAUAAAACCUGUAAGAUUUUUAAAAUCA